CAAAGCUCCAUGAGAUCGCACAGUAAAGAGGAGCAGGUCAACUAGUUUAGCUUUAACCCAAACCAUCACAAAGAAAACAACUCCAAAAGAGAUCUUUUAAUUUAUUUCCCUUUUCUUGACAUUUCUUUGGAGGCAUCACUACCAAGUCCACCAUUAUGUCCCUCACAAAGUCACAAGAUGGAGCGGUUUAACAAACUCCUUCCUUUACUACACAGUUCAAAUCCUCCAUUCUUAAAUAUAUGUACUUUACUAUGUAUUAUAUUAAUGCCCACUAAAACACCCCCUUUUAUUCAUUUCCUAUCUCCAAGUAGAUUUCUUGUACCAUCACCAACAAACUCCAAAAUGGGUAAUUCCAUUCCACAGGGCACAAGCAAGGUUAUUUUUUCAGAUGGAACAGUUCAUUGUUAUGACAAGUCUUUGACAGUGGCAGAGUUGAUGCUUGAACAUCCCCAGCAUAUGGUAGUUGAAUUCAAGCCUAUCACGGAUGGGAAAAGGCCGAUUCCAUUGCCUGCUGAUAUGAAACUGGAGAAGAACAAGACUUACAUAAUGCUUCCAAUAAGGAAAGGCAAGCCAGCAAGCUUGUCAUCUGAAGACGCGCGGAAAAUUUUAAUGAAAACAAGUACUAUGCUUAAGUCCAAGUCUCUGUUAGCUUCGUAUACGGGGUUCUUGCCAGUAUUCGCUCGUAUAUGUCCAGCAGCAGCAGCAGCAGUUUCUUCAUCAUCAUUUGGAAUUGGUCGCGAUUAUGUUCUUAAUUCGGACAAGAAUCUUUGCUUGAUGAAAAGGGAAGAAGAGGAAGAAGGAGCUAAACAUGAUUAUUUCAGUGAUAUUCUUGAAGGAAGGCCUGAAUUCUUAAGCAGGCAAUUGUCAGGAAAAGGAUGGAAGCCCAGUUUAGAUACCAUUAAAGAGAAGAGCAUGCAAGCAAAAAUUCGUCAUUGGUUGUUUUAAGGUGUUCGUCUUUCCCCAAUCAAAUAAUGUCAUAUGUUUAAGAUCAACGCGUUGGUAAAACUAGUUUUCGUUUCUUCGUGGUCUUUCCCUUCUCCCGUGGUUUUCGUUAUGCUUUUUUGUUUUUUGUUUUUUCCCUCUCUCUUCUAAGUUCCUGGUAGGAUUUUAUCCAUUCCACCUAGAAUCUAGACAUGGAUUUUAGUCUUAAUUAAGCUUUUUCUUCUUGUAACCUUGAAGAAAUCCAUGGUGUGGUGAAGUAUUGUCAAUGUGUAAUUUGUAGCUUUCAAUGCAUGGUGUGAUAAAGUAUUGUAAAUGUGUUGAGCUUUCAGGUAACGUUUCUCUAAAGUUGGAAUUAAGGAGAAAAGGGA